CGGAAGUCUCAAAAUUAUUUUCCUAUUUCAAGACAGGAAAGUUGUAAAUAGUUAUGCUCAAGAAAUUACAUAGCUGUCUCUUUAAAUAAGGGUACUUGUGGAUUUAGUGAGCUAUAGAAGUGAUAGAAAAAAACAUUGACUUAGUGCCUUCUGAAACAAAAAGCUAUCGUCAAUCGUUGUAUUCUGAACCCAACGCCAUUUUGAGGCAAAUUUUUAUAUUUUAUGUGACAAGUAUUUCGCAAUAAUUACAGUUUUAAUCACGAUAAAGGGUUAGCCAGCGAAUGCUUUCAUACAGGUUUAUGUGAAAAGAAACAGUGUGGGCGGCGGCCCUAUAUAGAACAUUGAGUGACAAGGUCUGUGAACAAAAUAUGCCCUGAGAUAGCGGUUGCAGAGCAUGGCCCUAGGCGGCAAGAGUAUUCUAAUUAAGUGACGAACGGUGCUGGCUUUCAGCUGGAGGGGGUUAGUAGAAUGCCACGUCCGGGAAGUCUAAAAGAUCCUGACAUAGCUGAGCUGUUCAGCAAACAUGAUCCGGAAAAGAUAUUUGAGGAUCUCAGGGAGAUUGGGCAUGGCUCCUUUGGUGCAGUUUACUAUGCACGAUGUAACCUCACCAAAGAGAUUGUUGCCAUUAAAAAGAUGUCAUAUCUGGGGAAGCAGAGUGAGGAAAAAUGGCAGGAUAUCUUGAAAGAAAUAAAGUUUCUGAAGCAAUUAGAACACCCAAACACAAUAGAAUACAAAGGAUGCUACAAACGAGAGCAUACAGCAUGGCUGGUCAUGGAGUACUGUGUCGGCUCAGCAUCAGAUAUUAUAGAGGUGCACAAGAGGCCACUCCGCGAAGAGGAGAUCGCGGCUAUCUGCGAGGGUGUGGUGUGCGGGCUGUCGUACCUCCACAGCCUAGGCCGAAUCCACCGCGACAUCAAGGCCGGUAACAUACUGCUCACGGAGAACGGCACUGUCAAGCUCGCCGACUUCGGCAGCGCCAGCAUCAAAUGCCCGGCCAACAGCUUCGUGGGCACGCCCUACUGGAUGGCCCCGGAGGUCAUACUCGCGAUGGAUGAAGGACAGUAUGACGGCAAGGUGGAUGUGUGGUCACUUGGUAUAACUUGUAUUGAGCUGGCUGAGCGUAAGCCACCCUACUUCAAUAUGAAUGCCAUGUCAGCACUGUACCAUAUAGCACAGAAUGACUCACCAACAUUGCAAGCACCUGAAUGGACGGAUACGUUCCGGUAUUUUGUGGAAGCUUGUCUCCAAAAGAAUCCUCAGGACAGGCUGUCAUCCACCAAACUCCUCUCUCAUCCCUUCAUCACCAGGCCGCGCUCCCCCAAUGUCCUGGUUGACCUCAUACAAAGGACCAAGGCUGCUGUGCGAGACCUUGACAAUCUCAACUAUAGGAAGAUGAAGAAGAUACUGAUGGUUGAUGUGGACAAUGAGAGUGCUAUUGGUGACAGCGAGGAGACGGCGGAAGAGCCCUCAGGCGGGGACAGCUCCAAGUCGAACUCGGCCACGUCAGAGCACAGCGCGGGCGUCGCUUCCAGUCAGAGUUCCUCCUCCGGCAGUCUGCGGAGGCGCGCGCACGCGAUAACUGUGAACCAUAUGAACCAAAAACAACACUCAUACCAGCAGCAAUACAACCACCAGCCGACACACACUACAAGAGAGGAGAGCAACGACGAUUACGUGAACCGUGACGCGCUGCGCGAGUACGCCAAUCGCGACUCACUGUGCGACGACCUCGCGGACGACUACGCCAACCGGGACGCCAUCCGCGAGGCGCAGCGCGAGAGGGAGUGCCGCGAGUACGUCAACGCGGCGGCCGUGUGGCACGACGAGCGCAGCACGCAGCGCAGGCAGAGCGACAGAGGUAUGAGUAACAACGUGUCGGCUGCGAUGUCGUUAGUGUCAGAACACGGCGCCAACAAUUUUGCCACCAUCCGCACUACUAGUAUUGUUACCAAUGAGCAGAAGGAACACAAGCAGGAGAUGCACGAGCAGAUGUCGGGCUACAAGCGCAUGCGGCGCGAGCACCAGGCCGCGCUCGUGAAGCUGGAGGAGCGCUGCAAGGCCGACGUGGACGCGCACAAGGGACAGCUGGACCGCGAGUACGACGCGCUGCUGCAGCACCUGGCGCGCGACCUGGAGCGGCUGCAGACUAAGCACACGCAAGAACUGGAACGUAAGCAGAAGCAGAAUGUCGCUGCCGAGAAGAAGCUCAUCAAGGACAUUACAGCGCGCCAAGAGCAGGAGAGGAAGUCGUUCGACGCACAACGCAAGCGAGAGUACAAGGCCAACAAGGAGCGGUGGAAGAAGGAGCUGAGCAUGGACGACGCCACGCCCAAGCGGCAGAGGGACGCCACCUUACAAUCACAGAAAGACAACCUUAAGCAGGCUGAGGCUGCGGAGGAAGCACGACUAGUACGCUCCCAGCGCGAGUACCUGGAGCUGGAGCUGCGCCGGCUUCGACGACGACGGAUGCUGGCGCUGCACCACAAGGAGCAGGAGCUGCUCAGAGAGGAGCUGAACAAGCGGCAACAACAGCUGGAGCAGGCACACGCCAUGCUCCUGCGGCACCACGAGAAGACGCAGGAGCUGGAGUAUCGCCAGCAGAAGGGGGUGCACGCACUGCGAGAAGAGCAGCUGUCGAACCUGCACGCCACGGAGCUGGCCAACCAGCGGGAGUACAUGCAGCGAGCCGAGCACGAGCUGCGGAAGAAGCAUGCGCUGCAACUGAAGCAGCAGCCCAAGAGUCUCAAGCAAAAAGAGAUGCAGAUACGUAAGCAAUUUCGUGAGACGUGUAAAAUACAAACCCGACAAUAUAAAGCUCUCAAGGCGCAAAUACUGCAGACUACACCCAAAGAACAACAAAAGGAAGUGAUAAAAUCUCUUAAGGAUGAGAAGCGACGCAAGCUGGUGUUGCUGGGUGAGCAGUACGACCAGAGCAUCAGCGAAAUGCUGCAGAAGCAGACUGUGCGCUUGGAUGAGAGCCAGAUGAUGGAGUGCCAGCAGCUAAAAAUGCAACUGGAACACGAGCUGGACAUGUUGACGGCGUACCAGAGCAAGAGCAAGAUGCAGGCCGAGGCGCAGCGGAACAGGGAGCGGCGCGAGCUGGAGGAGCGGGUCAACGUGCGCCGCGCGCUGCUGGAGCAGAAGAUGGAGUACGAGUGCGCGGAGUUCGUGAAGGACCGCGCCGACCGGACCCGCGCGCUGCACGAGCGACACGCGCGAGACCUCGAGCGCUUCGACGACGAGAGCGCGCGGCUCGGCUUCAGUGCGAUGGCGAUAGCGGAGGGGCGCGGCGAGACGUUCGGCGACGAGGAGCAGUCGCUGUCGGGCUCCAUGUUGUCGCUGGCCCACAGCAACUCGUCCACCAGCUUCCCCGCGGGCUCCCUGUGACGGGGGAGGGGGACAUGACGGGCACUCUGUGGUUGGAAAUGGACCUUCUUUGAUUGUUUGAUUGAUUAUAGCGUUUUGUUUGGUUAAAUCUGGGUAUGUCAAUUUCAAAUUGGCUAGCGCUUAGCAGAAAGGAACCAGUCCACAAAAUCAUAAAAAAAAAAUUACUAUUUGACAUCCCGAACAAAACUUAUCCGAUAUUUCCAAUUUAAAAAGGAACCAGUUCACUUCUAGUAUUUGUAGCAAAGAUAUUGAACGCAUCCACAAAAAACUCAGCUAAGUUUGCAUUUGGACUGGUUCCAUUCUGCUAAGCGCUAGCCAAUUCAACUGUUGCUAGUUAUGUACACCCAUAGACUUGAAAUAUUCUUGCGUAUAGACGAAGCGUGCGAGAGAGAAGAACACAUCUAACGGAGAAACAGCAAGAUAGUAAAGAUUAGCGAAUCGAUUGUUACUGUAACCAAUUUUGAUGGACAAGUAAUAAACAGUCAGCGACGCUUGACAUUAAAAACAUUAGAUAACGCAAACAUUGAUUUGGUCAUGCGUUAGUUUAUACGCUAGUGUAUUCUAAGUCUAUGGUUAAACCAUGGCAUAAUGUAGCCAUUCUUAAGAUUUAUUAUAACAAAAGUUUUUAUUUCUUUUUUGUUAUAUCAUAUAAUGAAAAAUAAGAAAGCUUAUACUAUACAAGCAUAUCGACUUUUUUACGCAUCAAAUGAACUUAUAACUAAGGUAAAUACCGCCUAUCAUUGCAUGCGCAUAUAUUAGACAAGAAUACAAGUUUCUAAUACAAAUAUACAUUUGCUGAUAUUUGAUUUUAAUCUACUGCAAUAUAGAUGAUGAAACGGUGACAUUUGUUUACUCCCAAAUUAUUCAAUAUAUUAUAUCUUUUUGGUAUUUAUAAGUAACAGAUAAAAGUGCCUACCGAUUUGUGAUGUAGUAUUGUGCAAUACUUCACGGCUAUAAUUUAAAAUUAAUGUAGAAAGUAAUUAGGAGCUUAUUCUUUUCAUAAACUAAUACAUGUUCGACAAAGAUUGACAUAUAAAUGGAUAAGCAAUUGAUAAGCAUUGCCAGCUACAAAAUAUUUGAGCUUUAAUGAGAAGCGGCAAAUAACUCGUUGCUGUUUGUUAACGUUUGUUAUCGCUUGCCGAAUAGCCACGUCUUAGAAUAGACUCCUGUUUAGAAACUGUGAAAUAAUACGGCUUGUGUUUUUGUGAAAGAACGAGUUGAUUCCUAGUAAUUACAAAAUUUGAAUGAUGCUGUUUUAGUUUUCAUCAAAACUACCGCCCAACCCAUAGCUUUUUUUUGUUUCUGUGUUGUGUUUUUCGCAAUGUUUAUAGCACUUAGGCAUCCAAUUUGAAAAACUUUCAAUGUUACCGCAUGUUAAAUAUCUCAGUGAAUUGAGAACAAAGAAAGUGUUAUUGAUUUGCGUUUCCAUCGCAUGGUUAUCUUUUAUUAUAUCGUCUUCCAAAAUUUUACCAGUAUUGAGAUAACUAAAAUACGCGGCACUGGUUUUUAGAUUAUUUGAUAGAUUCGUGGCCUCGAACUGGACAUAAUGUUUAUUAAAUGAUGUUUAGUUCGGAGCUCGUAUGUACACCACCUCCGUCGUCGUCGUUUACAUUUAUUAGAAGCAAUGCUUCAUCAUUUCUGCUGGAAGACGUCCAUUGCCGGGCAAAUUACUCCCCCAAAGAACUUCGAUCGGUCCUUCGCUGCCCUCUUCCAACCUAUCACGGCGAUCUUUCGACUAGAUUGCGGGUCCAUCUUGUGGGGGCCUACUUACACUAUGUCUUCCGGUACGUGGUCGACAUUAAAGGACUUUACUGCCCCAACGGCCAUCUGUCCGUCGAGCUAUGUGCCCUACCCACUGCCACUUCAGUUCCGCCACCAUCUCGACAAUGUCAGCGACUUUGUUUAUUUCUUAAUCGAUGAUCUCUGUGCGACCAUGAGCUUACUCAUAAGGCCCAUAGUUGAAGACCUCGUCUCCGUAUGUCAUCGCUGGCAACACACACUGGUAUCCUUCGUCUUUAGACACUUUAGUAUUUGGGACGAGAAGAUUUUACGGAGCUUUUCGAACACUAAGUAGCCAUCAUUAUUAGUUGUCACUUAGUAGAAGAAUAUCAUGCCGUAUUAUGAAAAGUUAAUGCUUAAAGUUUAAAUUUCCUCCCAUUUUUCUUUAUACAUAUGCUUUACUGUUCAUUUAAAUUCCUCCUUAACACAUCGUAGACCGAGAGUUGCCACUAUUAUAACAAAUCGCCCAAUCUUUCACUAGGUGAAUUGAAAGAAAUCGAUAUCAUACGAACUAUACAACGAUAGGAAAGAUGCAUAUACGACCCCGUUGCUAGGCAUAUAAUUAUAAUAGUAUAGGCGGUAUUAUAGUGUCUUGUGUAUAUAGUAGUAAGGGUUAUAUUUCUGAAAAUAUUUAAAUAGGUACAUUUAAAUUAUUAUAACAUACUGCUUACGACGUGAGAUGCGAAUGGUUUAUCGCCGUGUGAUUGCGUUUAAAUUAUUUGUAUGCCGAAGUGCACGCGUAAAGCCGGGUUCACAUAGAACGAACGACUUCAAAUUAAAUUAAGGUGAAUGAAAGAGAAAGGAGAUUCAUUGGAAGUUGUUCUCUAUGUUUGCACAAGGCCAAGUAUUAACUAAUGCGUUAUGUGAGACAAGGAUGAGUGAACGCGCGCGCUCGCUCGCACCUGUUUAGUAAAAUAUACAUGCAUGUGUGAUAAAGUGUUCAUAACCGAAAUUUAACUAUUUGAUUGGAUGUAUAACUUUUUUUUUAUUUUUAUUGUGGGUAUAACUUUCAAAGCUAUGAUAGUUUUGAAUACUUACGCACCCAUAGUAGGAUUUACUAUUCCUGAAAUUAAUUAUCUCAGUUUCGUUAUUGGCACGGGGUAUAAGAAGAAUACAGUUAAAGGUGCUAAUUAUUGAGGGUAGUUUUGUUUUAUGUAACGUCGAACAUGUAGCUCUUUAUUAUUUUAUAAGAAUUCGUCUCUUCUAUCAUUUGAUAUUUAGCACAAAACUAAUUUAAAUCAACUGUUUUUGUACCAAUUUCUAUUUCAGUUGUAAUGCUUUUUAUAUAAAAGACAUACUGUUAAUAAUUAUUUUGUCUUAUAUUAAGAUAGUCAAGAUUUUUGUAUUCAUAUCAUUAGUUUAUACUUUAGAAACAAUUUUACCAGACAUAGGCUGACACAUGAAUGAUUCGAGGCUUAUUGCUUACGUUAUGUAAAUAAGUUAAAACUUUUUGCAUCAAUAAUUUAACACUUGCUGUAUAUUUAGUAUUAACUAUUGCACGCCUUAGAUUUUGAAAUUGGGGUGCUUUUAUAGUAAUUAGAUUAGAUAGCGAACUGUGGCUUGUGUAAAUAGUGAGAUGGAUGGCGCUUGAUUCCACUUAAUAUUGGUAAAGCAUUAAACAAUGUCUCCGGAUUAUUAAUCUGAUAUUCUGCUGUUUUAAUUUCCCUCACAUACAUAUAUACUUUCCAUUAAAUACGGCGCAGCGUGUCGAUCGGUAACAAAAGAUGAAAAUCCCGAUUUAAUUACUUGCAUAAAUAAUUUACUACAAAUGUAUCGUUAAUAUGAAAACUAUAAUUUGUAAUGUUUAAUGUUUGCUGGUGCGAGCGCGCGUCGCCUUGAGACAAUCUGUAUAAUAUAAAGAACAAUGAUAUAAUGAUAAAGGUUAGAUUUAUUAACGUUUAACGUAUUGUGAGAGCGAGAAGUGACCGGUGUGAGCUUGUAGUGUUAUUGAGACGCUAUUGUUGUGUUUAAUGAGUAAGUCGAAUUUAAUCAAAAUCAAUAUUAUUAACUAGGAUCGAUCACAACAUGUUUAUGAUCCACUUGUUCAGGUUGGCUAGAUAAAAGGCGUUGUUAAAAACUUUACGAAAAAUAAACUUUCCCACUAUUGUAAUAAAGCUUACAACUUGUCAAUACAUUCUUUUUAAAAGUAUUCCUGUUUGAAUAAUAGGUCUGUGCUGUCUGACGCGUAACAUCACUAAGAGGCGGCUUGUAUGGGUACGAGGUCGGAAGGUGCGGAAGUCUUAGUUCGGCCGAAACUUAACGUAAACAGAAUUAUUAUCAGCACUAAACAGUCCGUUCGACUAAUAAAUAGUUCUAAAUCUAUCUAAAUAACUCGCGCAUUAAGAACAAAGUUCGUGUCCCACCUUCGGUAAUAUCUUUCUUGAAACAAUACUAUUCGAUUUAACAUAACGUUGGUUUUUGUAUAUAGACGAUGUUUAUAUAACUAAAUGUUGUAUUUGUCAUCUAAGCGUACCCAGUCAUUUGUAUAGACGAUUUUAUAUUAAUAUUUUUACGCUGAUUUUAGUCAUAAUUAUCCAAAUUUUAGUUUUUAUACUUGACACUAACAAAGCUAUGUUAAUUAAUUGUAAUUUUUUAUAACAUUUGCUUGAACAUCACAGGAUGUGUAUUGUUUAAUUUGUCUUGUAUUAUUGUGUUGAUUUUUAUUGUAGCGUUAAAAAAUAAUGUGGAAGUAGACAUGUAUUUAUGUGUACAUUAAGAUGUCGGUGUGUUUGGUGCACGCGCCCGCCGGUGGGUGACUUGUAAAUAUACGUGUAGAUGUAAACGGGGGCGGCGACCGAUGUUGUGUCGGCGGGGCCCCUACGAAGCGCCCCCAUAUACUGACCAAACUGACAAUAACCUAAAUAAAGUCACAAAACUUUGUGUUCGAAAUUACUCGUCAAAUUAAUUGUUUUUUAAAGAUUCGCUGCAAUCUUUUUCUAGAAGAAGUUAAAAUGAGUUUUUCAAAUAAUUAUGAACGCAAUAUUUAACAUGAUGGAGGCUUUUUGGGUUAACCUGAUGUUUCAACCUUGUUUGAGACGUCACUAUCACGAUAUUAUGUAGUGAAUGUAUUUUAAACCCAAACAAAUUAGGCUUUAUUCUAGUGUGUAUUGUUUGUGUAAAUAGAGAAGUAACUAGUGUGACGGUGCGGGGGGGGGGGGGGGGGGCUCGCAGCGUUAGGAAUUCAAUUAGAUUUUAAAAUAUACACGUAUUUGUUCUGCUCAAACUAUAGUAUACAGAUGUUUUUUAUGAGGCUCACGUUUUUGCGCGGGUUUGAAAUUUAUUGAUGUACCAUUUAGAUAAUAAAAAUUAUGUAUAGAUCCAAUAUUAUAGUAAAAAAAACCAUUGAUACCAAACUUUAAACCCUAUGUUUACUGUAGACAAAAUUAUAUUUUAACGAUGCGUGCAUGCAUGAUAUUUUUUUUUAUUAAUUCGGACAAAAUGGUAAGUGAUCACCGCAGCCUACUCUCACAUGACCUUAUAAAAGCGUAGAAUAAACGUACAUAUGAAUAAGAAAUAGAUAUGUACGUGGUGGGCGAGUAUCGAACCCGGGGCUCCGUGGUAAGAGUCAGCGGCUCAGCCUAUUGCACCACAGAGGAUGUUUACAUUACUACUCUAUAUACAGACUCACAAUCCACACAACAGAUUGAUAAUAAAGCUGGCUUAUGUAUAAUUUAUUCUAGAUAUGAUAAUGUUACUGUACGGCUAUCUGUAAGGUGUGAAUGAUUAUUAUAAAUUAUUAUAGUGUAAAUAUGCGUACGAUAGUUGUAACGUGACCGCUUACUUAGCAGUGACAUUUUCGCCCUUAUUUAUCGAAAUUUGGCGUAUUUGUUAAAACUCCACAAUUAUUGUACAAUUUAAUGAAUAUAUAGAAAUUAACUACAUGUGUAUAUAAACGUAGAAUCCUGUUAAAACUGGUACUCGCGGAAUCAAGUAUUUCUUUGGGAUCCGACUGGUUAUUGGUUAUUGACUGCAAAUGCAAUUAUGAGUACCGGAAACAAAAUGUCAUAGGAACAAUUUAUGGGUCUAUGUUGCUUAUAUUUUGACAUUAACUUGGGUAAAUGUUUGUUCAAUAGUAUUACACCACCAGACAAAGUAUUGAGAAGUUCUAUAGCUUGAAUUAAAACUUCCUGAUGAUUCUUUAGUAAAACUAACACUAAGGUUAGGCUCCAUAAUUUUACUGUAUAGUUAAAAUUGUGGACAGAAAUGACAAUGACAAUCCCGCAUGUGUAUCGAAUGACGUUUUAAAUACAUUUGUGAAAAUAAUAUAAUUAUAUAAUCACUAUUAGAAAAAAACUUUUAAAAUUUUAUUAAUUAAGAAAUGUAAUUUCGUUGGAAUGAGUGUUUUUUUAGAGUACAUGGCACGGCAACGGUUGUUAUGCGUUAAUCCAAUUAAAUGACAAUCUAUAUAAUAUAUAAAUUCAAAAUAAUUUAAUUUUAAGUUUCAUUAAUAGUAAUUACGCUGUUAAAUUGUCAUUGAGUACAAAAUUAUUGUUCAGAAAACUGAUAAAAAGCCUCGUUCCAAAAUUUGGAAGUAAUAUGCCGGAAGAAAACAAAAAAUCACUAGUGAGAUAAAUUUCCGCUCGCUAAUCACGCAUGGAAAGUUGUCACCUUUGGAGCAAAUGUAUUAAAAAUAAUUAUCUAAUCAUUCGAUGUAGUGUCGGUAUGUCUAUUAAUCAACAUGUGGCGUUGCUUGGUCAUUGGACCUCGACUAGAAACCCAGAGCGCCAUGAUUCCGCCUUUGCCAUUCACCCCCACCCCCGGCCGUUCGUAUCGUAGAUGUGUCACGUAUUUGUAAGUCAGCGACAAGAUACUCUAGAAGUGCUAAGCUCGUAGUUAGAUUGUUCUCGUAUUAUGUACAUUGUAACACAUUUUAUAUUAUUUUAUUAUGAUUGUAUAGAAGUUCGUCGCUGAGGCGUAGUUAGCAAUAUUGAUGAGUGGUGCGGCGACGCGUGCGCCAGUGCGUGCCAAAAUGGCGGCCGCGACGCACCUGUUGUUUAAUUUUUUUGUUAUAUAUUUUAAUAACACAAUCGACUUGUAGUUUUAAUAAUUAUUAUUAUCAUUAAUUACUUAUUGUAAUAUAAUCUUAUUAAUUAAAAAAUCGAAACUGAAAAUAAAUAGCUAUGAACUCUUA